AGCAGUCGGCCAGACACAUUGUGUGCCCGCUUUCAAAGGAGAUAAGGCCCCGUUGCCAUCAUGGCAGAGAGUUCCAAGGCCGCAGAGCCUCCGAACGUCCCACCAGCCAGCCAUGGGAUGGCAACGGAGGAUACGUUUAUACACCAGAGCUUCAGGGACGUCAGAUAUGAGGGAGAGGGUAUGCAUUCACACUGCAUACGAUGCAUACACACGAGUUUGAUGCCAUUUCUCGCAUGAUGCACAUGCAUGGGUAUCUCUGUGGAUGCAGGUAAGCAUGCCGUGGUCUAUAGCGGCGUCAAGAGGGAGGGCUGUGGCGUUUUGAAGGAGGUUCCACCAAGGGAAAGGGUGGCCAUCAAAAAGGUAUGGAACGUUCGACACGGAAUGCACCUUCCAUGUGUGUAUUUCUGUGUGUGCACUAUAUCGAUGACAUGAUGCAGUACAAGGACACCAUCAGGUCGUCGAACGGGACGGAUCGCUACUUUUCAUACCCGCAGCUCAAAGAGUACUCAGAGAGAGAGGUACGCAGACACAUGCCUUUCCUUCAGUCUUCCAUCCCCUUCUCAUGACCACUGGUGGAUGGAUGGAUGCAUUGCUUGUUUGUGCAGUUUGCGUGCCACGUCCGCGCCGGCGGACAUCCGAAUGUGGUCAAGGCUUAUGCCCGAUACUCUGCCUACGAGUCGGGUCGAGCCUUUGAGAAGAGCGUGUAG